UGCAAGUUGAGGUCAGAAAGACCUCUCUGACAAAGUGGCUUCUGAACAGAGACUAUACGUAGGGAGUGAGUCAUAGGGGAUUGUUCAGGGAGGCCAAGGCUGAGGGAUCAACAACAGCAAAAGCCCUCAGAAGAAGCCACACUUGCCAUGGUAAGGAUCAAGAGGAGGCCAGCAUGGCUGGAGCCUAGUGAGGAAGUGCUAGAAGACAAAAGCAGAGAUCAGGGCAGGCUGGUUAUAACGCCUUGUAGGGAAGGAUGAGGAGACAAGAUUUUCUGUAUGCCUCUCUAGAGUGCUGAGAAACGAUAAGUUUGAUAAAUAAACGCCAAGAAGAAGAGAGAAGAGAAAAGGCUACUAAUAAUUACAGCUUUACUUGGAGAUCACGUGAGAACAAAUUAUAAAGUCUAAUCUUAUGUUCAUGGAAAAAUCAGCAAUCGAUACCGGCCCAAACAUAUUCCCAGGACCUUCUUUAGAACUCCAGAAUUUCAACUGGCAGGUGAGCUCCAACCGGCAGGCGCAUCACACAGACAAGUUCUCCAGCCAGAAUCUCAUCUGCCGGAGAGGCCAACCCUUCUUUGUCUUAAUGACCUUCAACCGAAAGUUUGGCUCUGGAGAUGAUCUGAGUUUCACGGUCCUCACAGGGCCUGCCCCCUCUGAGUCAGCCAAGACGAAGGCGGUGUUUCCACUCUCCAGUGGGACCAAUAGUGGCGGCUGGAGUGCAAGGCUCGAGAACAACAAUAACAACAAUCUGGCCGUCGCUAUCUCCAGUCCUGCCAAUGCACCCAUAGGAUUGUACACGCUGAACCUUCAGAUUUCCUCCCAGGGCAGCGUCUCCUCUUUGAAACUUGGGACGUUCAUGCUGCUCUUUAACCCCUGGCAGCAAGCGGAUAGCGUCUUUAUGGGUAACCACGCUGAGAGAGAAGAGUAUGUUCAAGAAGAUGCUGGCAUCAUCUUUGUGGGAAGCACAAAUCGAAUAAGCAUGGUCGGCUGGAACUUCGGACAGUUUGAAGAUGACAUUCUGAGCAUUUCCCUCGCCAUCCUGGAUAGAAGUCUGAACUACCGCCGGGAUGCUGCUACUGAUGUGGCCCGCAGAGGUGACCCCAAAUAUGUCUGCCGGGUGCUGAGUGCCAUGAUCAACAGCAAUGAUGACAACGGUGUACUUGCUGGGAAUUGGAGUGGUGAUUACACAGGCGGCCGGGACCCAAGGAACUGGAACGGCAGUGUGGAGAUCCUCAAGGAGUGGAAGAGAACUGGCUUCAGGCCAGUCCGAUUUGGCCAGUGCUGGGUCUUUGCUGGGACCCUCAACACAGUGAUGCGGUCAUUGGGAAUUCCUGCCCGGGUUAUCACAAACUUCAACUCAGCUCAUGACACAGACCGUAAUCUCAGUGUGGACGUGUACUACGACUCCAUGGGAAACCCCCUGGACAAGGGCAGUGACAGCGUAUGGAAUUUCCACGUCUGGAAUGAAGCCUGGUUUGUGCGGACUGACCUGGGCCCUUCAUACAGUGGAUGGCAAGUGCUGGAUGCUACCCCCCAGGAGAGGAGCCAAGGGGUGUUCCAGUGCGGUCCUGCUUCCGUUAUUGCUGUCAAAGAAGGAGAUGUGAACCUGGACUUCGACAUGCCCUUUGUCUUCUCGGAGGUGAAUGCUGACCGCACCACCUGGAUCGAAGAUCCUUCCAACGGCACCCAGAGGAAGAACUCCGUGGACCCUCGCUCCGUUGGCAGGUACAUCAGCACCAAGGCAGUGGGCAGCAACUCUCGCGUGGACGUCACAGAGAAGUACAAGUACCCAGAAGACUCCAGCAUGGAAAGACAAGUGUUCCAGAAGGCUAUGGGGAAACUUAAGCCCAAUGCGUCAUUCGGCCCUACAUCUUCGAGGGGUAUGGAACGAGAGGAACGGGAGCCUAGCAUCUCUGGGAAGUUCAAGGUCAUGGGGGUCCUAGCAGUGGGCAAAGAAGUCGACCUGGCCCUGAUACUCAAAAACCUGACCACUGAUGUGAAGACGGUGACCGUGAACAUGACCGCCUGGACCAUUGUCUACAAUGGCACGCUUGUCCACGAGGUGUUCAAGGACUCCAUCACUGUGUCCCUGGACCCCGAAGAAGAAACACAGCAUCCUGUGAAGAUCCCCUACGCUCGGUAUGACAAAUACCUAAAGGCGGACAACAUGAUCCGGAUCACAGCCGUGUGCCAGGUCCCCGACGAGGACGAGGUGGUGGUGGGGCGCGACGUUAUCCUGGACAACCCCACCCUGACGCUGGAGGUGAUGGACCAGGCUCAUGUUAAGAAGCCUGCGAUUGUGCGGAUGCUCUUCUCCAACCCCUUGGACCAGCCAGUGAAUAACUGUGUGCUGAUGGUGGAGGGGAGCGGCCUGCUGCUGGGUAACCUCAAGAUCGACGUGCCGGCCCUGGGCCCCAAGGAGCGGUCCCGGGUCCGUUUUGAGAUCCUGCCCACCCGGAGUGGCACCAAGCAGCUGCUCGCUGACUUCUCCUGCAACAAGUUCCCUGCCAUCAAGGCCAUGCUGCCCAUCGACGUGGCUGAGUGAAAGGCCCUGGUGGCCCCCAUACAAACUUGGGUGCCAUGGAGCAGGAGGACUCACUGCAGUGUGAGACCCCUGCCUGUGCUGUCCAGCUUGGGACACCCAGAUGUGGACCUCCAGUCUCCGGCACACACCUCUUCCCCACUCACCCCCAGGAGAGGCUGGGUCUUCCCUGGCCCCUGACUCGAUCACAUUUGCACGUUGCCCAGCCGCU